ACCAAAAGUAAAAGGGUAAAAGAGUCAAUGAGCAAUAAGCCUUAUCCAAAUGGACCUCUUCAAUUCCCAUCUCCUUACCUGAUCACUUAUAAAACCAGAGUUUCUUCAUUUUGUUUCACCAGACACAACAUAACAAAGAAAACAUUCAUUCAUUCAUUCAUUCAUUCAUUGAGGGAGAGAAAGAGAGAAAUAGAGAAAGGAAUUAUUAUUAUUAUGGCAGGAAGGAACGCCAAGUACGCGUAUCAUCUCUUCUCCCCGGCGAUGGAGGGGCCUAUGUCGGCGUUACCCGCGGACGAGUUCGACGAGUCGGAGAUCUGGGGCUCGUACGGCGCAGACCCGCGGCAAGGUUCUGAUUUCCGGAAGGCGAUCCCGUCGGCGAGAUCGACGUCGAGGAAGAAAGGGGGCGAGAGGAACGGGGAUCGUAGUGGUGGUGGUGCUGCGCCUGCAUCGCUGCCGGUGAACAUACCGGACUGGUCGAAGAUACUGAAAGAGGAGUACAGAUCAGGGAACGAUGGUAGGGAAUGGACUGGGGUUGAUCAGUGGGAUGGUGAUGAGGAUGAUGAAGGUGAGAAGGCGGGAGUGGUGAUCCCACCCCACGAGUAUCUAUGGCGAAACAGAGCAGCCUCGUUCUCGGUGCAAGAGGGGAUCGGCCGCACCCUCAAGGGCCGUGAUUUGAGACGGGUUCGCAACGCCAUCUGGGAGAAGACCGGCUUCCAGGACUGAUGAAAAACGCGUUUCUCAUCU